AUGACCCGAACAAAAGCUGAUCAUUCAGUAUUCUAUAGGCAUUCAUCUCAUGGCAAAUGUAUCUUUCUAAUUAUUUAUGUUGGUGAUAUUAUCAUCACAGGUGAUGAUCAUGAAGGUAUUAUCCAACUUAAGCAGCAUCUUUCAAGUCAAUUCCAGACUAAGGAUCUGGGCAAACUAAAAUAUUUUCUAGGCAUUGAGGUGGCACAAUCUGGUAGCGGCAUUGUCAUCUCACAAAGGAAGUAUGCCUUGGAUAUUUUGGAAGACACUGGUAUGUUGAACCGCAAACCUAUGGACAGUCCCAUGGAUCCAAAUACUAAACUUGUUCCGGGACAAGGGAAACCUCUAAAAGAUCCAGGAAGAUAUCGGAGACUUGUUGGCAAACUCAACUAUCUUACGAUCACGAGACCUAAUAUCUCAUUUGCAGUAAAUGUGGUUAGCCAGUUUCUCCAGUCACCUUGUGACAGUCAUUGGGAUGCAGCAAUUCGCAUCAUAAGAUAUGUCAAAGGUUCUCCGGGACAAGGUUUAUUGUAUGAAAACAAGGGACAUGCAGACAUUGUUGGGUAUUCUGAUGCAGAUUGGGCAGGUUCUCCCUCUGAUAGACGGUCCACUUCAGGUUAUUGUAUUUUAAUUGGAGGCAACCUAAUAUCCUGGAAAAGUAAAAAGCAAGAUGUGGUGGCUAGGUCAAGCGCAGAGGCAGAAUAUCGGGCUAUGGCAUUGGCUACUUGCGAGCUUAUAUGGCUAAGGCAACUUCUACAGGAGUUAAAGAUCGGAAGGGANCUCCCUCUGAUAGACGGUCCACUUCAUGUUAUUGUAUUUUAA